AUGUCAAAACAAAUUAUUAUAGUCCCCUAUGACCAUAAUGUCUACCACCUUGCCACCAAGCCUUCUCUUCACGCUGCUACAGCAACCUUUGGUGCACGCAAUGUCCAACACUUUAUAAAUACAGUUAUCCGGGACUGUUUCCUGAAAUAUAAAGUCCAUAAGGUCUUCAGUGCAUGCCUUCUCCAUCGACACUUCGACCUAAACCCAGAUGAGCGAAACAUUGAAGAAGAUGGCCAAGCAACUGGUUCAACUGACUUUAACAACACAUAUGCUUGCAGCUGGCUUUUCUAUGAAGGAAAGCUGUUUCCAUAUGAGUUUAAACGAGGAAACACUCUUCCUGUUCCUCCAGUUGAUUUUAUUACAGAACUGGGUUUAAUACUGCAAGAUAAUGGUCUGUGUGAUAUCAUUGGGCUGCAGGUGUACGAGGACGGAAUUGUGGGUAUGGAAACAACAGAUCAUGCAGCAAGGAUUAGCACAACAGUUGACUAUCCUGAAGGGGCGGCAAAGCUAAAACAGACUCAGGCAGCGAUGGCGUCGUUUGCUUUUUUUUAG